AUGGGUAAAGAUUGGCAUUUUGGUAAAAAAUGUCGUCGGAAAUUAUUUGUUCCAAAGAAAAAACUAAAACAUAAUUUAGCCAACUUGAACACUAAAAAAUGCGAAAGUGCUACAGACGACUACCAACAAAACGUAGCAACUAGUCCAGAUAAUACAACGGCAAAAAAUAUUGAUACAAAUAUUGAAGCUCACCAGCUGGUCUAUAGUACGCCAGGUCUAUCUAGAUGUAUUAGUGAAAAGACCUGUGAACUAAAUGGAAGAAGACUUAUAGAUAUACAGUUUUUCAUUACGUCCAUUCAAUCUAUUCGACAUAAGGGUUUCGAUUGUUCAUUUCGUGAUUUACAUUUAGUGAAUGAAACAAGAAAUGGGUUUAUAAGUAAAUUUGUUUUUAAAUGUAACAAUUGUGGAAUAAAUGAAAAUAUUUAUAAUGAAGAUCCUAAAACAAAUGAUUUGAAUAUUAAUAUGGCUAUGGUGACGGCAAUGGUUAAUGUUGGUCAAGGUUUUUCUCAAAUGGAUGAGAUUUGCGCUACCCUUAAUAUGCCGAAUAUGUGUAAUCGUACAUAUCAAAAUGUACAUAAUGAUGUUUACCAACACAUGUAUGAUUUGGCUUGGAAUGAGAUGGCAGCUGCUGGUAAAGAAGAGGCAAAAUUGGCUAUCGAAAAAGGAGAGGUAGAUUUACAAGGCCGCCCUAAAAUAGCAGUGAUUACAGAUGGUGCUUGGAGUAAAAGAUCUUAUAAAAGAAACUACAACGCGUCAUCGGGAGUAGCUUGUAUUGUUGGCCAAAGAACCAAAAAAAUUUUAUUCAUAGGCAUAAGAAACAAAUACUGUUGUAUUUGUCAUAGAUCAUCAACAUUAGGAAUCGAAAGUAAAGAUCACUUAUGCUUUAAAAAUUGGAAUUCGCCUUCAACUGCAAUGGAAGCAGACAUUAUAGUUGAAGGUUUUAAAAACAGCUUAGAUAUGCAUAAUUUAAUAUACAAUCGAAUGAUUGGAGAUGGCGAUAGUAAUGUCAUAAAACGUUUACGAUUGGCGAAACCCUAUGGUCCUGAUAUAGUAAUUAAAAAAAUAGAAUGUUCCAACCAUAUUUUGAGGAACUAUAUUAAUAAGCUUCACGAACUUUCAAAAAAAAAAAAAAGCAGUAAAGGCGAAAGUGUACCAGGUUGUAUGCGCAACUUAUUAGUUAGUCGAGUCGAACGACUUCGUGCUGCUGUUAUAAAGGCGGUAAAAUACAGAAAACAACAAAAUUAUAUUUCGUAUGAGGAUUCGGUUAAAAUGCUGAAGAAAGAUAUUGUCAAUAGCCCCAACCAUGUAUUCGGUGAUCAUGAGAAUUGCAGUGAUUAUUUUUGCACAAGGAAAGAUUUAGGCGAAGAAAAUUACGUUCCAGAUAUGAAACGAGUGGGCCUAUGGGAUGAUAUAGGUUCAAUAAGAAGUGCUUUAACAUAUCAUACAGAAAGCCUUAUGUUUAAUUUAAAUAAUAAUGCAGCAGAAAAUUAUAAUUCUAUUUUGGCCAAAUUUGUUGGAGGUAAAAGAGUGAAUUUGUGUCUCCGGGGUUCAUACGAAUUACGAUGUAAUGCCGCAGUUACUGCUUAUAACGUAGGAGCUAAUCGUUUAUCGUUAUUUCACAAACAAGUUGCUCAAAAAAGUCCUGGUUUAUUCACAAAAAGGUACAUAAAAAAAAGUAUGCAACUAUCAGAUUCUAGACGGAGACGCAAGUUAUUUGCCCCAGCAGCUCAACGGUUAAAAACAAAAAUACUAGUUGGUCCCGAUGAGAAUUAUGGUGCAGUUGAACCUGACCUUGAUUCAUAUCCAGAUUUAUCAUUAUCAGAAUUAAAUGAUAAAAAAAUACUAUAUCUAAAUACUCUGAAGCUUACAAAAGAAGAAAUUAUUGCCUUAGAGAAGAGUACCAAGAGGCAACAUGAGUGUGAAGAUUGGCAUAGAGAACGUAAAAAAAGAUUAACAGCAUCCGUUUUUGGUAAAAUCUGUAAGUUAAGAAAAACAACAUCACGAGCCAAAACUAUAGAAGCGUUAUUAUACGGAACGUUUCAAGGAAAUUUAGCAACAAAAUAUGGAGUUGAACACGAAGAAGUGGCAAAAGAACAAUUAGCAAAUAUUUUGGGCGUCAAUAUUGAGCCAUCGGGAUUAUUUGUAGAUAGUGAACAAUUCUACUUGGCUGCCUCUCCAGAUGGACUUAUCGGAGAUGAUGGAUUAGUGGAAAUAAAAUGUCCAUCUAGUGCCAAAAGUGUAUCUCCAGAAGAAGCAAUAGAAAACAAAAUAAUUAAAUGUUGUGUAUUGAAAAAUAAUAAAACACUACAUUUAAAAAAAAAUGACAAUUAUUACUAUCAAAUUCAAGGGGCAUUACAUAUUUCACGAAGAGAUUAUUGUUAUUUUUGUAUUUGGACUCCAAAAGGUAUUUUAUACGAAAAAAUAUUCAGAGAUGAUAAUUUUUGGGUCAAUUUUAUGAAACCCCAAUUGUCAUCAUUCUAUAUAAAUAGCAUGAUUUUAGAAUUAAUUGAUUCGAGAUAUGACCGUGGGUUGCCUAUCAGAGAUGGUUUGUAA